GCGGCCAUUUUUAAACCCCAUCUACUUUUCCCUAUAUACCAUCACGAUCGUGACUUCGGAGGCAAACUCCCAGGGCUGACUGGCAACAUCGGUGCUCCGGCAAAGAGCGAUCGACAAUUUGAAAUUUCACCAGCAGGAUUGUUCCUCUUCGGUGCUCCAGGGACGACGAUAUAAAGAGCGAUAAAUAAUUUUCAACCAACAUGGAAGAUGACUACAAAACGACUGGAAAUCUCGGAGCACUUCACGGUGGCAAUUAUCAGGUGCAUGCGUCUAUGUUGAUCUACGAAAGGGCGUGUAAUUCCAAACGCUACGUGGACAUGCAGCUGGCAAUGGAAAUGGAUGCUGCCGAAAAGUUCGAUGAUUGUGUCAUUUCCUGGCAUGAUCAGGAGCGAAAUUCGAAAAAUUGGCUAUUUGUACAGGUCAAGCGCAAAGAGGGACAGGCAAAUAUAAGAAAAGAUGCAUUUCUGCCUACCCAAGGAAAGGAAAAGUUGAAUGGAGAUUUUUCAUUGUUCAAGUAUGUGCAGUCAGGCUUAAACAUACAUUUAAAAAAACAAUUUGAAGGGACAAAAAAGUAUUUCAUAUUUACGAAUGUUGGUAUAUUUGGAGAUCUUGAACCGUAUUUGGAGCCUGCAGAAGAGGAAGAAAUCGAAAAAUGCAUUAAAGUAGAACACCCCAGAGCCAGAUGGUUGAAAGUUAAGAAAACGGAUGAAAUUUUAAAGCUAUUGGAUGGAUUUAUAAAUUUGGAAUUUAAUAAUCUAGUCAACAAUAUAAGAACAGUAAUGAUAGAAAAUCAGAUUGAGUUUGAAGGAGAGUUGAUUCAAAAGUAUCGUGCCGAUCUUGCGGACAAGAUUCUGGUAGCUGAAAAUAAUUUGGUUACGUUUGCGCCACGUUUUGUUGAAGGUUUUGACCUUGAUCCGCUAGAGACAUCCAUUAGAGAACAACUUUUAGAAGGCGAAACACAUAACACGCUUAAUCAUAAAGCUUCUAAUAACGAAAAACUGUAUGAGAUUAUAAAAAAUGACCAAAAAAAGUCUACUCCCACAACACUUCCUAGAAAAUUUUCUCAGAAAGACAUAGAAUUAUUUUUGGAAAAAUUUAUUCUCGCAGUGGGACAGCCAGAUAACAAAGUAUUGCAAGAUAUCAUAAAAAAAGAUUUAGGUAGAUUUCGUCGAUCAGAAGGGGCAGAAAUGAAAAAUUACUACGAAAUGUUAGCAUUCCAAUCUCUACAAGAGCUAGUGUAUAGUUGCUUCGAAAAAACUCGAAGAGGAAAACUUCUAAAGAAGAGUGAUCUUGAAACAAAAAUGAAACAAACGAAUGAAUCAUUCAGUAAAUGGACUCAGUUGUACAGGGUUGCAGCAAAAUUUCCUGAAGCGCUGGAAAACUUGGCAGUAAAAUUUACUGAUUUGGAAUUGACUGAAACAACAUUUCCACUUCGAGUUAUGACAAGUACCCCUGAUGGAUUGCUAACUCGCCUUAAAUAUUUUGGAAAACUGCAGCGUCAUCGCCACAGCUGUUUUCAUAUGAAAGAUUUGAUAGCUGAAUCUGUUCGAAAUGAUCUUUUUAGCAUGCUAGAAUCCGAAAAAGAGGAGCAUUUUAUUAUGAUCAAUGUUGAGGAUUCCAAAAAUGAUCACCUUGAUGAAAUUGUGACCAAAAUAAAAAAUCUGCCUUCGAAAAAGUUAAUUGUUCUGACAAAUUCCAAGGAUUCUGUAGUGAGCUCAAUAAUACAUGUGAUCGAAGACGAGAAAAGUGAUUGGCAAUCAUUGGAUGAAUCAAGCCAAAAGAAGUUGAUGGAAAGGAAUAUUCUUUUUCAAAAUGAUCAGGUGAAACUAUCUGAAUUGAUUGAUCAGGAUCCUGGUUUCGAUCGUUUGUUGCAAGGAGAAAUUUUAGAACAUCUUGUUCAAGACAAAACUCCGCUUAGAGUAGGGCAUGAACUGCCAAGAUUGUCAGAAAAACAUUACCUUUUACGCACUAUCAUCGUUUUGCAAAGUGAAAAUUGUAAAAGAUUAACGGAAUUUGGUGAAAGUUCAUUCAUAGAAUACGUGUCUGCAGCUGACAAACCCAAAGUUAUAGUUUUGUUGUCACCUCCCGGAAAUGGUAAAAGUACAUUAUGGACAAGCUUAGCAUUGAAGAUUAAAGCCCAGUUUCCGAGUCAUUGGGUGUUGUACCUCAAACCACAGGAUUUUGUAGACUGCACUUCAGAUGUUUUCGAUGUUAAAAGCAUUUUUAAAUUGAACGAAUUUGAAGAAGCACAUAUGCAGCUGUGCAGACAAAGCUCCAAGUCCAAGGUUUUCGUAUUGUUUGAUGGUUUUGAUGAAGUUCCUUAUGGCAUAAGUAAACAAGUUCUGAAAUUUAUGAAAGAACUGUCACAAAGUACUCGGAUUCUCAUUAAUACGCGUGAUUAUCGGGAGGAGGACCUCAGAGAAGCUUUUCCGGAUAGAGAGCUUAUUGGUCUUGAACAGUUCGACGAAACAGAUCAAAAGACUAUGCUCGCAGCUUUGUUGAAAGUAGAAGAGUACAUUUCAAUUGAUCCUCUCAAAUCUUUUAUGGAAUUGAUUCUUGAAAAACUGUACAAAUUAAGAGGUGUAAACAAAUUUUUAGGUGUUCCUUUAAUGAUCGAAAUGUUGUCAACGAUUUACCGUACGCCAGUCGAGGAGUAUUUAAAUUCUAGAAAAGAGGAAAUGCUUCAGCAAAAUCAACUUACAUCGUUGAGUUUUCUAGAGCUCUACGAAGAGUUUGUCUACAAUGCUUUCCGCAGGAAAGCCAUAAGUCAACUAGGACUGCAGGAAGGGAGCAAACAUGCGAAGGAAGUACUCAGCAGGGACAACAACUUGUAUCAAGACUUUCUCGAUUUGCAUUACAAGCUUGGUAUAAUGAAUCUCAUCGGAGAACAGAGCAUGAAAAUAUUCUUCCCAGAUGGAUAUAGUUUGAAACAACAACAGCAGCGAAUUAAGAAUAUAGACUCGGCUGUUGUUUUGAAUAUUUCGAAUGCAUUGCCGAGAUUCAUCCACAAAUCUUUUGAAGAGUUUUUUGUAGCUAGGUUUCUGUCUGAGUAUCUCAAGAAUAUGGAUCGAACACUCGUCGAAAAAAAAUUUCCCACUGAGGAGAAUAUGUUAUCUAAAUAUCAGUUGAAAAGUUCAAAAACAAUAGUUACUUUAUUUGAUGCAUACUAUAGCAGCUUAUAUCGAUAUCCGACAGUUCGUAAAUUCUUUAUGACGAUUGCUGACUCUUUCCAAGCUGAUGAAUUAGACAAUUUAAUCAGAAUGUUGAUGUCAAUGCAACCAGAUUCAUUUCUUCGGGCUUGUGAGGAAAAUUGCUUAAAACUUGUAGACACAAUGAUUAGAAAAGAUCCAUCGGUUUUAAAAUCUAAAACCAUAACAAAUGAAACUCCACUUCAUAGAGCUGCCGCCAGAGGAAAUCUUGACAUCUGUAAGAUUCUAUUUGAAAAUGAAUGUGCCUUAAAUGCUUUAGAUAAGUGGGGUCAAACUCCGUUACACAAGGCAUCAUUAAAUGGCCACGUUCAAGCAGUUGAGUUUCUUCUAGAUCAAGAAGCCGAUAUCGACUGUAGGGAUUCGAAAAAUCAAAGUGCAGUAUAUUUAGCAGCAUGUGAAGGGUACGCUGAAGUUGUGGAACUUCUAGCAAGCAAAGGGGCCUAUCUUGAUAACUUAGAUGAGAUUCAAUGGUAUAAAUGGUAUGAAUUGUAUGAAUUUCAUAAGAAUGCACUAUAUAUCGCUGCUAUAAGAGGUCAUGAAAAAGUUGUUCGAGUAUUGCUGGAGCACAAUGCGCAGCUAAAAAAUAGUUUUAUAGAUAACAUGCUUCAUGAUCCGUUCUAUCAUGUCGAUAACGAUAUUGUAUGUUUAUUUAUUGAUCAUAAAAUGAAAACUGACCGCGAAUCUGCUAAAGAUAUGUUGGAGUGGAUAGUGGAGUACAAUAAGAAACGUUUGUUUGAAACCGCAGUUGCACAUCUAGAUCAUUCGAAGUUAAAUGAACUUUAUAAAUUGGCCUGCAAGCACCGUUCUUAUCAUAUAGCACGAUUGAUCAUAUCGCUUGCUGAACCCUUCAGUUCUCUCGAAAAUGCGUUGCACUUAGCUGUGAAAAUGGCGGAUGAGGAAUGUGUUCGUGCUAUAAUCGAGAGAAAUCCCGAGGUGGACUCUCGAGAUAGCAAAGGAAGAACUCCUCUACAAUAUGCGUUGGAAAGUGCAUAUACGAAUACUUCAAAUUCAUUGAAAUGUAUGAAAAUUCUAAUGGACGGUGGGACCGAUAUUAACGUUCGCGAUAACUUUGACCAAAACCUGUUACUCUUGGCAGUAAAGAACAAUUUUUCUAGUCCUUUUGUGCAGCUAUUUUUAGAUUAUGGCGUAGAUCCAUCUAUACCCAAUGCAGAUGGCAAAACAGCGUUGCAUUUGGUUGUGGAAAACAGAGAUGUUAAGACAUUGGAACUUAUUUUAAAGCACACUAAAAACUUUCCCGGUUUUAUGAAUCAUCAAGAUAAAAAUGGCAACACUGCGCUUCAUGAAGCAUUAAAGUUAUCCCUAGAAGCUAAGAAACAUUCAAGAUUAAUAAUAUUGAGGAAUGCAGAAAUUCUAUUGGAACACGGAAUAAAUCCAUACAUAGCUAAUAAAACCGGCAAAACAGCUUUACAUUUAGCAGUAAUGUGUAAGAAUAAAUUAAAAAUAUUAGAACAAAUUUUGAAAAGUGCUCUGAACAACACCGAGCUCAUCAACGAAACGGACAUAGACGGAAGAACUGCGCUUCACACAUUACUUAGGAGCAAAACCCACGAGAAAUUGAAACUAAUGUCCAUGAAGCUUCUUUUGGAGUACGGGAUGAAGCCAUCUUUGGAAGAUAAAGAUGGUGAAACAGCUUUACAUUUGGCUGUUGAAUGUAAUGACCCAAUAAUGGUGCAAUUAGUUUUGGACCACUCUGAGAGCCUCACUAGCAUACUCAAUCAUAAGAAUAAGAUGGGCAGGACUGCGCUUCACUUAACUUGUAUAGAAGGCAAAGAAGCAGAUCGUUGCAUUAAAAUUCUGGUUGGAAAUGGAGCUGAUCCUAAUAUACGCGAUCAUCAAGGUCAAACCGUGUUGCAUUACGCAGUGAAAUUCAGAAAUCUUAACCGUGUGAAACUUCUGCUGAAACAUGGCAGUGAUCCAACCAUGGCUAAUGAUGCCGGUCAAACACCGUUCGAUUUAGCCAAAGAAAUGAAUGAAUUAUUUAUUCUGAAACUAUUUUUACAACACAUAAUGCAACACAACAAUAUUUGUAGUAAUGUUGCAACUAGGAUUUAUACAAAUCAAAGUGUUAGCAACCAACGAAACACAGAUGAAUUGUACAAAGCUGUGAUAGAAGGAAACUUCAAACAUGUGAUAACUCUGAUGAGUCGAGAUAAAAAGCAUUCUUUCACAAAUCUAAGUCAUUCUAAAAACGAAAACAUAGAUGAGCAGGACGAGAAAGGAAACACUGCGCUUCACGUAGCCUGUUCAAGUAAUCAAGAAGAUGAAAUGUGCAUCGCCCUGUUGUCUAAGUAUGGCACUGGUUCAGACAUAGUGAAUGGCCUUAAUUUAUUGAAACAGACGAUAUCAGAAAACAACUUGGGAUGUGUGAAGGAUUUGUUGAAAAGCGGAAUAAAUGUAUUCACUAAAAAUGAACUCGGCCAGACAGCUCUACACCUGGCUGUAUUAUCGAAUAAAGAAUCAAUCGUAGCACUUAUUCUAAAGCAUACAGAAAACAAGCAACUCCUAACUAAACUAAUAAACGAAAAGGAUAACAAUGGGCAAACUGCGUUGCACUGGGCAGUGAUAGAAGAAAAACGAGAAUGUGUAGAGCUUCUGUCUAAGCAUGGAAUCGAUCUACUCAAAACAAACGAUCAAAGACAAUCAGCUCUGCAUUUAGCUGUGCAGUAUAAUAAACUAUCAAUGGUGGAAAUUAUUUUACAACAGACCGAGAAUUCAGAUUUCAUCAACCAGGUGGACCAAUAUGGCAACACUGCGCUUCACCAAGCAUGUUUAUGGCAAGAUAACGAAAACCAAGGCACGAGCAGGGAAAAUGAUUCGAGCAGUGAAUAUGAUAUUGAAUAUGAACAAGAAAAUUAUUGCAGAAACAUUUCGAUUGGAAACGAAAGUUUGCAGGACCAGCUAGAGUGUAUAAGAAUCUUGUUCGAGCACAGAAUAAAUCCAGCCAUAGUUAAUAAUGAGGGCCAGACAGCUUUGCAUUUGGCUGUAAAAUUGAAUAAAGCAUCAUUUUUGGAAGUUAUUUUGCAACACACUGGAACACUGAAUGAUUUAAUCAAUCAUAGGGACAAAAACGGCAAGACUGCACUUCACUAUACUCUCAAAGAAUUUGGUGAAGAAUUCCGAGUCAAUAGAGGUGUGUAUGCAUGCGUAGAUAUUUUGCAUCGUUAUGGAGCUGAUUUUAAUAUAGGCGACCAAAAAGGUGAAACUGUUUUGCAUUAUGCAGUGAGAGACAGUGAAAUCAGCAACUUAAAAAUAGUAGAUCGAUUUUUGAAUUAUAGAAUAGAUACCUUGAAAGUAAACUCAUAUGGUGAAACAGCUUUGCAUUUGGCUAUAAAAUAUUACAAUUUCCCUGCUUGUAAAAAUAUUUUAAAACACACCGUAGAGUUGCCUUCUUUGUUAAACAAAAAAGAUGGUCGUGGAAAAACAGUACUGCACUACGCCUUCUACAAAUUAAAUACCUACUACCCUUGCAAAAAUUUUUUAACACCCAACCACUUUUUUGAAGCAUUGCUGGCUCUAGGAGCAAAUCCUGAUAUUAGAGACUUAGAAUGCAAAACUGCAUUGCACAUGGCACUGGCUUGGUCUUCGGAUAAAGUACAACUUCUUUUAGAUUACGGAGCAAAUCCAGCUCUGACUGACAGAGAUGGUCGUACGUCUUUGCAUUUGGCUUUAAGAAGGAAAAGUUUUAUUGUGAAAGAAAUAUUACGCCGGGACAAGACGCUGAUUAAUCAAACAGACAAUUACGGCAACACGGCGCUCCACCAUGCCUGCAAAUGGCCCUUCAGUAGAUUAGAAAUAUUAAAUAUAUUGCUCCGGGAAGGGGCAGAUCCCAAUGCACGCAACCAGCUAGGUGAAACAUCAUUGCACUUGGCGGUGAAAGAGAAAAACUUGGACGCUUUGAAAUUUCUUCCCUUGUAUUCCGAAGUAAAUCCAUGCAUAGCUGAUAAUAACGGGCAAACAGCCUUGCACAUAGCUGUGUCAUUGGAAGAAACAAAACUUGUGAAGCUCUUUUUAGAGAGCUUCCCAGAACCGGGAAAGUUCAUCAAUCUAGAAAAUGCAAAAGGCAAAACUGCGCUUCAGGAAGCAUUGACAAUUGGUCGACAGGAUAUAGUGGACGUACUGAAGAAGUACGGAGCUAUUUAUUAAUUUUUUUUUAAAUGUCGUUUUUGUUUCAAAGUAAUGUCUAAAUUGAAUGGAUUUGUUAACAUAUUUCUUAAAAAAACACAUUUUUAAAAUAAUAGAUAAAAGCUCAAUUUGUCAACAAAUUUUUUUGAAAUUUUUCGUCGGAUUGUUUUUUAUCAUGAUUUUAGUAAUAAGUAUGAUAGAACCAUGUUUUUUUCCUGUGAAAACUAAAAAAACAAGCUUAUGUCCACACUUAGGAACACUAUUUUCAAUGUGUUCCUAGUUAUGAACAUAGUCAAAGUUUUCCAAACUAUACCAAAGUCUAAGAAAGUAUUUGAAAUAAAUUUGAUUGAGGUAAAGUUGUUAAAACAAAUUGUGUUUUAACUUAAUUUUCAACGAUCUGUUGAAAUAAACUGUUUUAACUUAAUAAAACAUACUUGAAAAUUUCAUUAUUUUAGGGUAUUUCAAUGCUUCAAAUGUUGAAAAUAUAUUUUUGCCAGGUUGUAAAGAACGAGCCCUACGCAACAAAAAAGGAAACCAUCAAGUUACAGAGAGAUUUUCAAAAGAAAAAAAUCGAAAGAAAAAAUUUAAAAAAAAAACAAAGAAAAUACGUUGUAUACCGUCACCUGGGGCAUAAUGCAACACUUUUCAACUUCAAUGGCUUCCUAAAACCUAAUGUCCACAGAGAAUCAUACCAGACAUCAAAAGUUUUAAGGUUAAUGGGACAUCAAAUUGACGUAGUCAGAAAAAUAAUUGGUUUCACCAGUAGUUUUUAAAUUUACAAAACUCUGCGAUUUUCACCCUACUAAGAAAAUGGGGCUCAUUGGAGCAAACUUUGUUUUUACUGAAAAAUCAAAUUAAAAAGUUUGAAAAGUUCAAUUUUUUGAUAUGAUUGAAAAAGAAAAAUAAAAACAACUUUGAAAUUAAAGGUUUGAAUUUGUUUAUAUCUUAUGAUAACUUUUAAGUAUUUGUUAUUAGUAAUAACUUAUUACUAUUAAAAUUUAUUUAAAUUCAUAGUUUCCAUCAAAACUUUCCAAUAUUAAAAAAAACAAACUUAAGGUUUUUAAGUGAGAACUGGCAAAGCAGUUUUUUUUGUAUUUCUAGAUAUAAUAAAAAUCGGAGAGAAUCAUGCAUUCAAAUUCAAAAUAUUUUAACAUAACUAUUUUUUUGUAAUGAAAAACUUAUACAUUUGUUUAAAUAAAAUAAAUAAAAAGAGUUUAAAAUUCAGAAUCAGGUUCCAAAUAAGAGUGCAAAAUAAGAAAUUAGGAAUUGAAUCAAAGUAAAAUUCUCUCAAAUAAAAUUUAAAAUUUUAUAGAAGACGAAAAAAUACUGGUAUAUGUAAGAUAGGGAUUAAUUAAAAAUUCAAUUAGGUUUAAGCAGAAUUUUGUAGUUUUUAAGACAUUAGUCUGUACGGUAAUAUAAAUCAAAGACGAAAUAAAUAAAUAAACCGUUCAUGUAAAACCAACAUUCAA